GGCCUGGGCAAAGAUUGUGUCUUGUGCAACACAUUGUGAAUACAGAUGGCGGUGAAGUGUGGCAAGUCAAGGGGACUUCUCAAUCAGUACAUAGCUGCUGUCGCAGCAUGUUUAAGUGCUGUAAAUUCUUCAGCCUGCUUUGGGUGGAUCACCCCGAUUCUGGACCACCUCCUCGGGCCUGAUAGUGAGAUUCCGAUGACAAGCGCACAAACCUCUUGGGUCAUUCCUAUCAUAGAACUCGGCAAUUUCAUCACUCCAUUGCCAGCCGGUAUUCUAUCCAACUACAUAGGACGCAAACCACUCAUCCUUGCCACUGGACCACUCUACAUCGUCAGUUGGCUGCUGAUCAUCUUCCACCCUUCAGUAACAAUGUUGGGAGCAGCUCGGCUCCUGCAAGGCCUCACGAUGGGACUUACAUACACCGCUGCUCCUGUGUACUUGGGCGAAAUUGCUAGCAAAGAAAACAGAGGAGCCAUCACGAGCAUCUUCUUAAACUCGUGGUGGGUGGGAUAUCUCACCCAGUAUGCAGUGGGACCUUUCCUUAGUUUUUAUAACUUCACGUAUUUCACGCUCUCUUUGAACAUACCUUUCAUGAUUUUAUUCCUUUGGCAGCCUGAGAGUCCUUAUUAUCACGUGAUGUGUGGAGAUAUUGAAAAAGCGCGCACCUCAUUAACUUGGUUCAGGGACGCAACAUUUGACGAGUUGCAAGAAGAAUUAGAAGAGAUAAAGAAAAAUGUUGAAGCCAACCAGAGAUCCGCUGGUUUUCGUGAUCUCAUUACCUCCUCAGAAGGACGAAAAGGACUCACAAUUCUUCUGAUGUUAGCAGGAGCUAAUAUCCUUAGUGGAACCGGAGCUAUCACUGUUUAUGCAACUCAAAUAUUCGAUAAGACUCCUAAUCUUUCUAUUCCACCAGAUGUAGUCACCAUAGUACUCGGUAUUGUAAUGUUAGUUGGGGGGGUCGUCAGUUCGUUUACCUCAGACUCUCUGGGAAGAAGGCCUUUACUGAUCACAUCUUGCAUUGGAACUUUCAUUUCUCAAUUUUUCACAGGAACAUAUUAUUACCUAUUAUUUAAUACUUCGGUAGAAGUUUCUUCAUUUAGUUGGAUUGCUCCAGUUUUGAUUCUUAUCUACUCUGGUUUAUGCACUUCAGGAAUGUAUCCCUUGUGCUCUGUCUAUACUUCGGAACUCUUCAAUUCCAACACCAGAGGGAUUGCUUCUAGCGUUUGUGCAAUAUGUGUUACACUCUUUUCUUUGAUAUCGUUGCUAUUAUAUCAACCAGUUAAUGAUUAUUUAGGAUUAUAUGCAAAUUUUUACAUCUAUGCGAUAACUAUUUUAGUUGGAGGCACGUACUGUUACUUCAACGCUCCGGAAACGAAAGGAAAGUCUUUUGUACAGAUCAGGGAAGAGCUCCUGAAGUUUAAACAAUAGAAGUGUUUGUUAUAUUCGGUUUAAUAUUUAUAUAUUAUUUGAAUUACAUCGUAACAGUUAUUACACGUAAUACAUGGAUAUAAUCUAUUACAUGGACUUUUACGUUAUUUUGUAUUGUAAGUAAUUGUUUUUUAAUAUAUACAAUUAAAAAUAGGUUUUUGUUUUUUACUGUAUAGAAUGUUUAUGACAAUCGUUAUUUGCUUUUCUACCUAGAACUAUAUUGAAACUGUAUAUUGCUUUUGCACAAUAAAAAUCAUAAAUAUCUUA